GUUUUUAUUUUAAUAUUUAAUGCGAUUCUAGGUUGUCAUGAUGUGAUGGGGCGGUUGGGUUUUGCUUUUUGUUCACGGUAAUUCAGGCUUUCUGGGAUUCCUUUUCAUGAUUUUUGAUCAUCUUCUCCUUGUGGCUUUGUUUGCUUUUGUUUUGUUAUCUGGAUUCUUCUAACAAUUGGGAUUCAAACAAAAAAGUGUUUAUUGGCUUUCGUGCCAUGAUCCAGUCAUCGGAGAUUUUUAUGUUUAUUGGAGAUAUCUGGUUCAUAUUUGAGUUCAUUCCGGUCUGUCCUCCAGCUAAAUUUAUUAUUCCUAAGCCGUUUCUGAUUUGAUUGAGUUUGCUGCAAUGGUGGAUGAGGAAGUGCUACAUUUUACCUGAGCCUGUGAUUCUUAGAUGGAUUUGUCCUCCAAUUGUAAGAAUUCAAGAGUAUUGGGUCGCUAUUUUGGUUCUUUAACAUUUAAAUGUGCUGCUUUGCUUGUUCUUGCUCUGAUCUUCAGAGCCAUAUUACUCUCUUCUUUCUCCGGGUAUGGGAAAGUGGACUGGAACAUCCUUGAAGUGAUUCAUGGUAAAACUCCACUGUUGGAAGUUAAUUUUGGAAUCCGCAAAGAUAAGUUUCUGGAGGUCCCUCAAAUUGUAUGGGGACUGAACAAUCAAAAGAUAGCAUUUGCGAGAGCUUGCCUAACUGCGCGGAUGCUGAAUAGAACCCUCUUGAUGCCUAGCUUGAGUGCUUCGCUUUUUUACAAGGAAAUUGACCGUCUUCAGCCUAUAUCUUUUGAGAAGGUGUUUCAAUUUGAAAAGUUUAACACGCUUUGUAGAGGGUUUGUUCAAUUGGGUCAUUAUUCCGAUGUCUCGAAUCGAUCAGCAGUGCUUGAGCUUCAGAAGGGAAUGGGAAGGAAGUGGACAACUGAUAGAGAUUUAGACCAACUGAAAGAGCAUACCCAGGAACCACUUGAUGGGUACGAGGUUAUUAGAGUAGUUGGAAAAAACCCAUUUUUGUGGCAUGACCAUUGGCCUGUAAAGGACUAUGCAAAGGUCUUUGAGUGUCUUGUUUUAGUUGAUGAGUUUGCAAAAGAAGCAGAUAGAGUAGUGUCCAAAAUUCGAGACUUAGGAAAGGAGAUGAGAAGUACAUCUGACUCUGGAGAAAAUGGUGAUGGUUCGGAGAGUUCUUCAUUACAGCCAGUGCCUUAUGUAGCUGUCCACAUGCGGAUAGAGAUAGACUGGAUGAUUCACUGUAAGAAAUUAGAGCAAAGAUCACACAUUACUGAAAUUUGUAGUAGCAAAGAGCAGAUUAUGGAGAGAGUUGGGAACAUUGUAGGACUCAAAAGUCCUACAGUUGUUUAUCUUGCUGUUGCGGACAGUCUUCUUGAAGAUUCGACCAUAUUGUCUGGUUGGAAAGAAGGAUUGAUUCCUCUUGAAAAAAAGAAAUUGGGCGUUGAAAGAAUUUACAAGAAAUACCCGUAUCUCAUUCAAGCUGCGAUUGAUUACGAAGUGUGUUUAAGGGCUGAUGUGUUUGUAGGGAAUAGUUUCUCUACAUUUUCAAACCUUAUAGUUCUUGAGAGGACACAGAAGAUGAUCACAAUGGGUGUUACAGAUUCGUGUGAUAUGGAUGUGAGAUGGCCGUCCUAUUCGUAUAACAUAGCAGGGGAAUCUGAUGGCCCCCGUAAAUGGAUGACCAACAUGUCUGAUUCAAGCCUCCAAGCAAUCAGCUAUGGUUCAAAUGUUAUCUCAUGUUCUUCCAGCUGAGGGAGAGUUGAGCCUCCACUAGUUUUUUGAAAUCAAUCUUUCUCAACCCUGAGGUUGAUAUUGGUUGGUACAGUUUGAUGAUUUUUUUUGUUUGUGCAGAGAAAGACAAGGACAGAAAAUUUCAAAAAUGGAGCUUGAUAUUGCAGGUUCAGUAUACACUGAUGUAGUUAUGGGA